AAAUUAUAAUAUAAAAAGGCAUGAGUCGAAUAUUACAUAAUUUCUCUAUUAAAACUUGCGUCGAAAACUAGGGUUUAAGCUGCUCCGUCCCCUCUCUUUCUCUCUUCCUCGGCGCCUCCUCUAUCUCAUCUUACAACCACUCAAUCAUGGCGGAGCAGACUGAGAAGGCCUUUCUGAAGCAGCCAAAACUGUUUCUGAGCUCGAAGAAAUCUGGAAAAGGGAAGAGGCCAGGAAAAGGAGGAAAUCGUUUCUGGAAAAGCAUUGGAUUGGGAUUCAAGACUCCUAGAGAAGCCAUUGAAGGCGCAUACAUUGACAAGAAAUGCCCCUUUACUGGUUCUGUUUCAAUCAGGGGACGUAUUCUAGCUGGCACAUGCCACAGUGCUAAAAUGCAGAGAACCAUCAUUGUACGUCGUAACUACCUUCAUUACAUCAAGAAGUACCAAAGGUAUGAGAAGAGGCAUUCAAACAUCGCGGCACAUGUAUCACCCUGCUUCCGUGUCAAGGAGGGAGACCAUGUCAUCAUUGGUCAAUGCAGGCCUCUCGCAAAGACAGUGAGGUUCAACGUGUUGAAGGUGAUUCCUGCUGGAGCUGCUGCUGGUGGGAAGAAAGCUUUCACAGGAAUUUGAGGUGUUGUUCUUUAUAGAUAUAUUGUCAGGUAGCUAGGAUCUAUGUCUUUGGAGGCUUAGAUAUGGGUGAUGUUUAGCAGACCCUGGAAUUUUGAUACUUCAAGAGCAUGUUCAGGAUUACUGAGUAGUUGAGUACUAUAUUUUUUUUUGUUAUAAUCAUCAGCGGUAAUAGUUGUAGUAAUUUAAACAUUUUCGCAAUAUCAUGAAUACGAUGGCAUCCUCGCAUCUUAUCCGGUAUCAUUAAAAGAUGUUAUUA